CCAGGUGGUGAAUUGCAGUUGCUCCAUCCGAACGGUUUUCUGAUCAGUUUCUCUACCGCAUCUGUGUGAAAACGAACUUUUUCUCUGUGAAUAACGAAAUUUCGAGAGAACAUUUUAAUACUUUAGAGAAGAAAAAAUGGCUCCCGUUUAUGACUUCAGGCAUGUUGAGCUGGAUAAGAUAGGUCGUGGAAAAAGAAUUGUAAAACCUCCUGGUGGUGAAUGCAGCGACAUCUUCGGUGUCCAGAACGGUGGAAGUCCAGCCCAGGAGCAGAUCACUCCCAGGAAAACUAAGAACUACAUGCAAUCGAACAUCUUCUCUCCGGAUUCCCCCGACGCUCCCCAACCUCAAAAUGGACACACUAAUAUUUCUCCUGCCAAGCUCUUGGAUACACAAGAACGGCUCUUUGGUGGAUCAGCAGAUGAAGAGACUCCUCGCCGAGUAGUCAAUAGGCAGAGGUCAUCCAUCUUCGAAGAAGAAGUUGUAGAUUCACGACCCAGAUCCACACCUGUUCGCCGAAAUCAGAUCAACCCAAUCACAGGAGCUCCUAUUUAUGAAAAUGGAUCAAGCAAUGAUUCUACCCCCAACGGCACCUCCAAUGGCAAAACCAAUGGAUACACCAAUGGAUCUAGUGGUCAUACCACGCCCGAGAGUCCAAUGAAUGGAAAUAUGCGCAUCCGUAAUCCGCCAGGCGGCCGAUCAUCUGGAAUUUUCUAGAAGACCAACAGGAGAUUGUGGCAUUCCGGAAAACUUCUUCCUUGAUUUCCUUCCCCCUUUCUCCUUUGUCUUCCAUUGAUUGGACAAGCAGACGAAACAUAACAAAACUCCUGGUGGCUAAAGGAAAUGAAAGACUGAAAAUUGCUCCAAGAAACAAAACUCUUUCCCACUUCCGCUAUCAUAGCAUGUUGAAAUCUCAUUUGCUGUUACAUUAAUUUUUCAACUGUGUGUGAUUGGAUAAUAUUUUUGUAACAUUAUGAUUGUAUUUUUUCCCAUAAAUCAAGGCACUUUGUAGAAUUAAUAGAAUAGAAUAAGUGCAGCUUUAAAAAUCGUAGCUUAAGUGAAAUGUAGGAGGCUGUUACGAGACUUAAUAAUUGUGGGAAAAUAUUUAAACCACAGUAACCCUAACAUUAAGUAUGAUAUUCUAUUGCACGUAUGAUUUUUUUAAAUCGGCUAAGUGCAUAUUAAGUAUUUUACUUUUAUUCUAAAUGAUGUAGACCCCCGUUUUAAUUUUUAUUAGAAAUAAUAAAAAAUAUAAUUAUAUUCAUACAAAUGAAUAGCAAACUUUAACUUAGUGGUUAUAGCGUUGAGUUUAACUGAAUGUGCAUAUGGAAUCAUAAAUGUAUGAACUAAUUUAUGUAGGCUUACAAUAAUAGGUUUUUUUAAAAAAAUUUUUAAAUAGACCGCUGAAUAUAUUUCUUAUAUUUUAUAUGAAAUGCGACGUUUACGAGCUAAUUUAUUCUGUAUAAUCUUCUACAGAAUGAAGCAAACUGUAGUUUAAACAAUAAAUUUAUUUACCUCAAAGCUGGGAGAAAUCAAAAAGCUAUCUCAUUCCAAGUACAUACAAAAGUUUUUAAUAUAAUUUUCAAUGCAUACUGAAAGCUUUAUUUUUCAUGUCUACGGAAGCGAUCUGUUUAGGAGAUAAAAAAAAUAUUCUUUUUAUAUUGAAUAAAUGCUACAAACGAAAGACUGAGACUAAUUAAAGAAAAGGGCGGAAUAAAUGGCUGGUCCAUUGUUCCCAGAACAAAAAUUAUAGUUUUCUCUAGCCAAACGAUCAAUUUCAAUGGCUCAAUGCUGCUAGAGUUUUAGCAAGUGAGAAUUACGCCAUGUUUAUGUGACAAUUUUCGAAUUUCUCCUUUUUGCCAAGCCACCAGUGUAUUUUGUGAUAUAACGAUAUGCAACACAGACGUACCAAGCUUUCUUUCAGUUCUAACGAAGAUCCUUUUUUGAAAUAUUAUAUGAAAAUCCAUGUUUAUAUCUUCCAUUUUUUUUUAUCUUUACUAGUACCAAUAUUUUUGAUUGAGUAUGCUUAGUGUGUUGUUUUUUUAUAUUGCAAUUAUGUAUCCAGUAUAGCAUUUAUGUUAUAAUUUUUUAAUAAUUGUUUAUAUUUCAGUAAGCUCUUUUAUGAAUUACGGUGAGCAUCUUUUAUGCGUAAAGAUGUUAUUUUAGUGAUAAAUAUUACUUACUUGAAAUGUAUUAUUACCGUAUUUUGCUUGUGAAUUCUCUUCCCGAUUGUUUUUGUUUUGUUAGUUCCUAAUUUCUGUGUAUUGAUUUAGUUUUACGACUGUAAGGAAAUAAUUGUCCGUGCAGUAUUACUAGAUAACCAUAGUCAAUCACUUUUUAUAUGAACAGCUUAUGUCGGAAGAUAAUCUGUGUAAUAUUUCUCGAUGAGAAAUUCUCAAUACCUUUGUGGGCCUUUUUGUAUCAUGUAUCUUGCUUCUUUAAAUAAAUAUUUUACAGAACUGA